AUGCCCUCACCUCCUAUUUCACCUACACCGAGGAGAUGGCGCUCAUCGCCUGAUCAACCCCAUCCCGAUUUCGCAGCUUUACUAUCAACAUUCGAACAACCUUCUUCAUCAUCUUCUGCUCCUCAUUCUCCCAAUUCAGUUCCUGAAUGGGCGACUCCAAGAGGUGUACUUUCCGACGACAAUGACAAUGAUGAAGCGGAAGUAGAGUAUCUCACUGCUACCGCCGGGGAUACUUCUACAGCGACCAUCAAUCCAGAUAUCGAUAUUGAGAUUAGAACUACCUCUCCUUCACCUCAACGUCCAGCAGGAUCGACUCGACAACAACAUUCAGAUCUUGGUUCGCCGCUCUUGCCGCCAAAUAGAGGACAGCUGUUUGGUGAAGACUUUGAAAGAAAUGAACUCUCGCUUGGACCUCGUGGUAUAUUCUCCAACGAGGCUCCACCUGCUCAAUCCUUCGAAUCUUCCUACCCUAUCCCCCCUCAAGCUACCGGCCAAUCCACAGCAACUAUCGAUGCAGCGUACGAUGGUGUCUUAUCACAACUUGACGCUUUGGCAAAUCCUAUCCCUACAAGACUUCCAUUCGCACCCUCGUCGUCGUCUUCCUCAUCAACCAAUCCAUACUUACCUCCAAGCACCUUCCAUCCUAUGCCUAUCAGACAACCUCUAGUCGGAUUGGGAAUCAACAUGAACCCUCAACCACCCACUUCACCUGGUCUGGGGAACUACCAGCACGGUAAUUUAUCGAGACUAUCUACUGUCACAGAACGAACGGAGAAGUCAUCUUCACCCACAAGCUCUCAUGGGCGUUCAAACUCUCAUUCACAGACCUUAUCGCCUACUUUCCCUGGUGCGUAUCGAGAAGGUCCUUCAAAAGCUGGUUCAGCUUCUGCAUCGACGAUAGCAGGCAAAUAUCCUUUACCGCCCAGUCCCACCAAAGUACCUUCAUCACCUGUCAAGGGACCUCGAUCAGCUUUCUCGACUGGUACGGGUACUGCUCCAGGUAGUGCAGCUGGUACACCUCAGGGUACGCCUAAAAAGACUUCGGAUCUCAUCAAGAUGUUCGAAUCUAGAGGAGAUAGUGCCGCUCCGCCACCUCAACCCAAAUUCGUUCCUACUUCUCCCUCUAAAUCUACUCCCUUAAAAACUUCUUCAGCUCCCACUUCGAGAAUAGCAGGUCUACCUAACGAAGGAGUCAAGCCGGUUUUUGGAAUUGGUGAUCAUGUCCCACCAUCAUCGUUCCGAGGACUACCAACGGCCUCUUCCGGUCCUACUCCACCACCCAAACCACCCUCUCCUCUCUCUCAAGUAAGAGGUAUGAUAGCUUCCUGGAGAGCUAGAUCGGGUACCAUAUCUCAAAGACCUUCCGGAUCAUCUGGCCUUGGAGCUAGUCCAGGUAACGAUGGUGCUUCGGGACUGUUCAGGAGUGGUACGGGCGAUAAAGGUUGGAAUGUAUCUAUCAGAAGGCGGAGGAGGAAUGAAAGAGAACUGGCUGAACAAGCUGAAGACUCUCAUGAAAAAGAAAAAUCCUCUGAACAAAGAGAAAGAGAGCAGGAGGAAGAAGAGAAGAGGUCGGAAAAGAGUAGUGAUAUACACGAGGAGAGGAAGGGCGAGGAAGCUCCUAGUAGAUCAGGUAGUUUGAGGAGCGAUAAGAAAUCUUCUGAACCUAAACAAUUGACCGGGGAUCCUAUCAAAACGGGAGCAUUGUAUUAUCUGAAUGUGCAUGAUCAAGAUUCCAGACCCAAUUUCAAGUGGGUACAAGCGGAUGGUAGAUUGUAUAAUGAAGGAUUGGAAUUGAAUUGGGUAAGCGAUAAGGGAAGAGCCACCGUGACUUUGGAUCUAGAGUUUUGUGAUGAGGUCGCUUCUACCUAUAGUCCGAAUAAUCCUAUGGCUGGGGAUGACAUUGGUGCUGCUGCUGCGAGAAGACAGGGUCCAUUGGCAGAUAGCCUUUAUCCCUUCAAACUUGUCUACGAUGAUGGAGUUGAAAGAUUGGCAUGUGAUAGUGCUAGAGAUCGAGUUCGAUGGGUCAACGCUAUUUGGACAGUACUUGAACGAACUCGAGCUGCACCUUCAGCAUCCCUUCGAGCCAAUCGAUCAUCGUCCGAUCAUGGUUCGGAAGCAGGUGGUUCAGCUUCUACCCACUUUACACCUACUGAAGGAAGCCAGACAGUUCCUUCUUCACCUCUGCCGAGCAGUACCGGUUCUCACCCACUGUAUACUACCGAUGAUGCGGUCAUCGAGACUUCUGGUGGUCUUCAUGCUCCGAUCGUGCAACGAGGUAGUAGGAAACUCGCUGCUGGUGGAUUAGAGCGGACUAGAAGUCUAAGAAGAGUAACCAGUGAAGCUGAUCUCAAGGAAGUUUCCGCUCCUCCUUUACCUGAGAAAGAUAUCCCUCUUUCUCCAAGGACUACGACUGGCGCUGGUAUUCAAGAUGUACCCCUCACUGCUGAAAAUGCUGAAAGACCUUUGUCAAGGGAUUUUACCUUUGCUCACGGUAUCAAACCACCAACUCUCUUCAGUGCCCCUUCAGAAGGUUCGUCGAACUUCCAGACUCCUGCUACUGGAUUUCAAUCUCUUGGGGGCACUUCUUCACAGUAUAAUACUGCCACUCCCGGUACUGUCAGUCAACCUUUGUCAAGUCGAUCCAUAUACACCAAUGCAAGGUCAGAAAUAGCUCCUACGCCUACGAUUGUCGACCAACCUCUGUCGGUGUAUACUGCAGCAAUGGGAACUCCUGCUUCCUCCAGCCAGCCAUGGUCUGCUCAUACUGUUCCGCCACCAGCCCCUUCGACUGUCGGUGGUUACCAAUCUGCAAAAGACUUUAGCUCAGGUCAAUCCACAUAUACCGCUCCUCACGGACCACCUUCGACCAUUGGCGAUUAUCAAUCUGCGAAAGACUUCCAUUCAGGUCAGUCCAUGUACGCUGUCACUCCUGCGACUAUCACUCGACCUCUCUCCGAACAAGCGUGGACUGCUCAACCUGGAUCUUCCACCCCGGCUGGGACCACUAGAGGUAUACCUUCUUCUGCCUCGGUAUAUACUGGUCGACCUGGUUCAGCAAAGCCUGCAGCUACUACUCGGGAUGGACCAUCUUCUCCAUCCUUGUUUACAGCUCAGCCUGGUGCUCAGACGCCUCUAACGACCACCGAACCUUGGACCACUGCCUCACCUGGUACUGCUAGACCACUACCUUCCGAACAAGCAACAGCCGAGGCUUUCUCUCCCACAGCUUCAAGCUGCACUGCUAAACCAGGCUCUCAAGCUCAAACUCCUGCAGCAACCGUUCGAGGAAUGUCGACUCCUUCAAGUCACACUGCCGUGCCUGGUCCUAACACACCUACCCCGAUGGGUACAGCUCAGCAAUUCUCCUCGAUCUCGAGUCAAACCGCAGUAGCACCACCAAGUCUGUCUGCACCGAUGGGUACCGCUCAGCAGUUCAGCAUCGAGCACUCAGGCCACACCGGACCCACUCCAGCAAGUACUGCUCAGCCAUGGACCUCAGUCACUUCGGCACACACUCCUCGAGGCCCAUCUCCUUCGGACCCUGUACGCUAUACACCCGCAGGAGUUCCUCAGGUAGCUAUCUCAGGUGCUUCCCCAAGUGCACCUCCUACCGAUGAAGGACGAUCUCCAUAUGGUACAGCUCAGCAGACUAUCACCACCGGUCUGACAGCCCCCACUCAUCCUUUCGGAAGUGCUCGAAAUGGUACCGAAGGAUAUACUGCGGCAUCUGGAUUGCUUGGAUCCCCUUUCCAUACUCCACCUCCGGGAGAUCGAUCUUCUUCUCGUAUGUCAAGGAGCUCAGGAGUUUCCUUCGCUACGGCUCCUCCACCUGUGCCAUCUCGAGAUUCCCACUACUCUACCGCUUCACCUGGCAACACAAGUACCAAAGCUUCGUCGACUCCCUCGAGUCCAACAAGGUAUUCAUUGCAUGACGCACCAGUACCAACUUACGCUGAAUCUGCUAGAACACCUUCAGUAUACCCUACCGCCACUCAGGGUGAUAGCUACUUUACUGCUCAAGCACCAGGCCGACCAGCGUCAGAAUAUGGUACCGCUAACGAAGCUGAUCUCCAACGAUCAGAAUAUCACGAACGACCACCUGCAACUCGAUAUGCUACCGCCACUACCGAUCCUCGAUAUACCGGUUCGAUGGGUACCGCACCUACAACACCCAGUAGAUCACCCAGAUCAUCAGAAUGGGAAACUGCACCUCCUCCACCUAUAUCUAGAACAGCUUCUUCGGAUGCACAUUCGAGUUCGGAUCGAUUAACGGACGGUCUUACCUCGAGAAGAGGUAGUAGAGCUUGGACCCAGAUCUCUCAUCCCGACUCGGAUGAUGAGCUGCUAGCUGACUUGGAAAGAAGAUCUUCCAAUGGCAGUAGUGUUUCGAGAAGGACUAAAUCGAAAUACACAACUGCUACCACUGCACCUACACCCUCUAGAACUGCCUAUACGGCUCGAACGUUCGAUCAAACAUCGAGGACUCCUUUGGGCACUGCUAGGGAGAAUACGAUAUAUACUGGUGCUAGAGAGACUGUGUAUUCGAAUGCUACAGACUGGCAGACUUUACCUUCGAACUAUACUACUGUACCUGCUACUCAAUCGUAUUACACCGCGAAGACUUCUCAGACAGCUCCUAUCAGAGCUGAAGCUCCUCCACCAUUAUCGUUCAAGCCUGGUGAGCCGGAGGGUGUCUCGACAGCCUCGACGAUACCUAGUCGACGGAUCGCAAGAGUCCCACCUCCGGCAUUAUCCUUAUCUCCUGCUCUACCUGCGCCACAACCUGCCGCACCGCCUUCUCCAGUCGUCGUGGCUCCUCAGAUCCGGCAAAUGCCACCUCCUUCGCCUUCUUUCCCCUCUUCUAUUCCUGCUACAUCGAGAUCACCAACUACCGAUGUGUCCAGUACUAUGAUGACGGCGACGACGAGAGAUCUGGCUACCGGAAGUGAUGUCAAUAGGUUGCUCAACUUCUUGCAAGGUCAGGAACAAGCCAAGCACGGUCAAAACACUCGAGUUGGUAAUCAGCUUGAUCGGAUCGAGCGAAAGGUCAACCAAAUAGCGGAGAAUCAAACCGCUUUAGCAGACAGAGACGGUCCACCACCUGUUCCUUCGAAAGAUCCCGAUGACUCACCUCCAUCAUCACCUUCAUCGAUCACUUCAACCACCUCGUCGACUUCGACUGCACGACCCGUCACUCCGCCACCACUGAUUAUACCUGAAGUGAUCAAUCAGCAAUUCGAUGACCUCAGAAAUUUGCUUGGUACCCUCAUCGGGAGACAAGAAGAUCUCUUGGGUCGACAAGACGAAUUGGCCCAAGAGAUGAACCGAAGGAGAAGCUUCGAUGUCGAACUGCCUGAUAGAGGACCAGGUAUGGCUCGACUCGAAGAUCUACUCAAGAGGGUACUUCAGCGUGUUGGAGAUAGCGAGUUCGCAGAUGAACUGCCGUUGCCACAAAAGGAGAAGAGAAUGUACCCUUCCUCUUAUCCCGCCACGCCUAAGACUGAAGGUACGAGAGAGGGAUCGAUGUAUGAAGGAGGCGAUAGCGUAUAUGGUAGUGAAUUUGGUGCAAGAGGUAGAAACGCUCCGGCCAACUCGAUUGCAUCGAGCUUUGACAGACGACGGAGAAGACCAAUGAGCGAAGUCUCAUCUAAGCUGAUGGAAGGUGAAAUACCUGAACCAGAGUUUGAUGAAGAAUUCGCUUUGUCUGGAUUACCGCCUGAUACGCCACCUGAGGAGUUCAUCUCUCGUCAACCUCAAUUCCCUCGUCAUUUGGCAGGUCAACGACCCAGACAAGGUCCGAUUCCUGCUCAACAGCCUGUCCAACCUCAAUAUGUUCCUCAACCUGCUCCUAUCCAAGAACAACCUGAAGAAGAGGAGUACUAUGAAGAAGAACCUGAACAACAAUACGAGCCUGAACCUGAACCCGAACCGGAGUAUGAACCAACACCUGAGCCACAACCCGAGGCGAUGACUGAAUAUGAACCUACUCCACCUCCUGCACCAAGGGAAAUGACACCCCAACAGACGCCGCUUCAACCUCCCGUACCGUACCGAACUGAUGAUGAUUAUCAAAAUGAUAAUGGACAAUAUGCCGAUGAGGGUAUCCAAAGAGGACCUUAUAGACCUGGACCACCGCCUCAACCUGUCGAUCUACCUACGCCUGUGAACUCGCCUCGGAACAUGCCACCGUACCAACCUACUCAAUCUGGUAUGAGACCUGGUUUCGCGCCUGCUCCCGGAAUGCCUCCUCCUCCUAUCCCUGGUCCCGGCAUGACUGAUGUGCCUAGGCCUUCGUUGCCUAGAAUUGCUGGUGUUCGUGAUCCGAUUUCUACUACCUACUUCCGACGUGGUUUCCCUCCUGGACCUAUGGGGCCUAUGGGUCCAAUGGGUAUGUUCCCUGGACCAAUGGGAAUUCCUGGUCCUGGUAUGGGUCCGUUUAUGCCUGGUCUACGUCCUGGAAUGCCCGGUUUUGGUGGUCCGAUCGGUCCUAAUGUUAAUCCUUCUCUUCGUCGAAACGGUUUUUUCCCUCCUGGUGUCAACUCGACUACAGGCGAUUAUGGUCUCCCCGCUGCUGCUCGAUAUGGUAAUGCUGGUCUUCCUCCUAGUGGUCCUACGUCAAUGGGUGUUCCCAGACCACCUUCUGGAAAUACCACCACUGUCGAUACUGGUCUCGGAAAUACUACUACUGAAUCUACUGUUACGACUCCAUCUGUCACAUCUGUCACUACUGAAGAGAUCGUUACUCCCGCUGCUCCUACGAUCGUACUUCAAGAACCGAUACACAUGCCCACGGAACAUGCGAUGACUGCUGAUUUGCCACCUAUACCUCUUUCCGCUUCUCAAGUUGGUACAGACGACAGUUUCAGACGUGCUCUGGGUAAUACUCAAACACUGGCCGCUGCUCAAGGCGAACAACAAAACGAAAUGUCCAGAUACCUCCAUGGAAUGAGCGACCAGAUUGCCGAUGGAACUAUGGCAACUCAAAAUCAAUUAGCUGAAAUUUUAGGUGAUAUAGCAGCAUUGAGAGAACAGAUCAAACCUAAACAUGUUCACGCUCGAGUCUUACCUGAUGGAACUGUCAUGCUUGAUAAUGGAGAUAUCGUCGAUGGAAUAAGAGGUGCUCCUGCACCUGUCACUCCUGGUGCACCACCCCCACCACCACCGCCUGUGUCUGCCUCACAUGUCGAGGGUAGAAUCUUGCCCGAUGGAACGGUCAUGGUUGGCGGUAAGAUCGUAGAUGGAAUCAAAGGAGCUCCGUCGGUCGCUGCUCCUGGUACACCUAUGAUGGAACUGGAUGAAAAAGUUGAGGAAACUGCGAAAGAUAUGGAACAAGAUAGAAGAUUGGCUGAACUUCAGGAGAAGAUCGAAGAACUCAUGAGCAAGACCGCGCCACCACCGCCAGUUUCUGUCCCGGCACCUGCACCUGCUGAAAGAAUUUUCGAAGAAGAGGAGAUCAUCUCAAUGAGGGGCGAUUCCGGUACCGAAGCUCCUGAGCUGACACCUAUGCCUAUUCCUACUACACUCGAUGAUCCUACUCCUCUUCCUACACCUGCUCCUGCUCUUACUACAAUGGGCACACCUGCUCCUACUGUGGCUCCCACGGCCCUUGGACCGAACACCGACGUUCGACGAGAGAAACAGGUCAUCAAAGAGCGAGAAGUCAUCCGAGAAGGUCCAGUCGGUGGUCGUCAUAAGGAGGUCACUGUUGUCGAUGAGCUGGAAAGAGACAUGGUUACUACUGUUCCUCCUGGAUCACUUCCACCCGGAUCAGUCCCAUUGGUGACUUCUAUUUUACCUGCUGGAUCGGCUCCACCUGGAACUGUACUAGCUGAAGAAGAGAAUGUCGCUGUUACUGCUGUCCCGACCGCACCAGGAUCUGGAGGUGCUGCUGCUUCCGGUACGUCCCCACCCCCACCUCCUACCGUUCCACUCUCGAUCUCGGUGCCGACUGCAGUUCCAACAGCUGCAGGUCCAGGCACCAUCCCACCGUCGACAAGACUCAACCAAAGAACCGGGAAACCGCUCACCUUACCUCCUCCUCUUUCCACCCAUUCCAUGUCACCUAUUCAAACUGAAUCUGGUCUUGCUCCACCUACUCUACCUCACUUGAUACGUGAAGAGCAUGAAGAGAUCAUCUCCCGACCUGCUGAUGGAGGGCUACCUACUCAUACGCAUACUACCACUCGAACGUAUACUCAGGUUCCUGCUGGUUCUGGUCCCGCUGGCUCCGGUCUGCCUCCUGCGACUGUAAUGGGCGAUGCACCUAUAUCAGCUGUGCCUCCUAGUGUUGGUCCUUCGGCUUCCGUUCAUCCAUCAGCUGGUAAAGCUGCUACUGUCGUGCCAAUCGCAGCGGCUGCGCCUCCUGCUUCCGUGACUCCAUCUGCUUCUGGUGUUCCUUCAAUGCCUAUCAUUGCUCCCGGCACCCACAGAUCUGACCAUCAAAGCGUUGUCGAACAGGCACCACCGAAUAUCUCCUCUACCAAGACUUCUCACGAAACUCAAACGGUGGCUCCUGGACCAGUACCCAUCGACUCGAAGAAUGAAUCCACUUCUCAUACGGUCCAUCCGGGAGUUUCAAACGCUGAUCCUUCUGCUGUGGUUCCCCCUCCUACUGCGCCAUCUGCUCAGGCUCCUCCACCGCAAACAGCAAGUAACGUACCAUCUGAUCCUAGACCAGUGUGGGACACCAAUCAUCCGAAAUCACCUAAACCCUCUAAAGCCACUUCUCUUGCUAACGUUCCUACGGAGAAACCAGCGUCUGUUGCUGGUGGUCCUCCACCUGCUACAACUGCUGCUAAUGUUCCCUCGGUUGCUGAGGCACCUGCACCAAUUGUCAGUGAUACCGGAAUGGUGGCUCCUCCACCUGCCUCUGCCGCUCCGGCCGAUACAGGUGCUGUACCUGGACCUCCCUCAGCAUCAACUGGUGGUAAGAGUGGUGUCCAUUGGGAUCCUAAAAUACCGUCAAAGGAAGUCGCUACGACACCUUCAAAGUCUUCUCAAUCACCCAAAAUCAAACCUGCAACCGUUGCCGAUACUCCUGGUGCUCCUGCAAACACACCUUCUGCUCCUCCCGCUACGGACUUCGCCAAUGUACCCGUUGGACCUGAUCUUGUGACAGCCUCUCACCCUGUACUGCCCGUAGCGGAAGUCCCGAUGACUGUACCAGCUGCUACCGAAACCAAAGUCCAAGAAACAACCCACAAACCCGCUUCAGCCGGGAGUGGAAUUCUGAAAAAGCCUAAAUCGAACGAGAGUCUGAAGACUACCGCAACUCCUCCACCGGCCCAUGUCGACCAUCCUCCUACCCUGGAAGAUCUGCUGAUGGAAGGUAGAGAUCUCACCGCUCACCCACCCGGAACGACUGUUCAUGUACCUACUCAUCCAGUGGCUUCUUCCGGUUCCAACAAGCUCAAGAAGAAACCGCCAACUUUCGCCGAAGGUCCCGUUGCUGAUCCCGCCAAUGUGGUUAGUAGUAUUCCAGUCGGACCUCCUUCCGGAACUGGUACUCCUGCUCCAUCGAUGAAAGCACCCACACCUGCUCCUAUGACCAUGGAAGAGGUCGUCUUACCGGAUGGUCGAAAAGCUUAUAUACCCAGUAGACCAGCAAGUCAAGCUGCCAGUGCUCCUAAAGACGCUGCACCUCCAACUGGACUUGGGUCCGCUCCUCCACCUCCUGGUGAUCGACCAUCAACUGGUAAAAAGGAUAAAUCAUCCAUCAGUGCCGCAGAUAAGGAGAAGGGGUCUAUCGCUCAGAAAGAUACGACACACACUGGUAUACCAGCAGAGUCAGAAGUAGGCAGAGGCCAUUGUAGUGUAUGCUGUCCUCAUGGACCUAGAGCUGUCGGUGGGGUACCGAUCGAACCUUGUGAACACCAAGAUGGAAUAUUAGGUCAAGCUGCCAAACAGCAUACCGCACCUACCGGACCCAGAUCCAACAAGUCAGCCAAGAUCAUUAAACCUACUCCACCUGGAUCAUUGGGCUUACCACCUGAGACUGAAGCUGUUGGUGGGCCAGGAGAUGAAGUGCAGAUGGGUGACGUGGUUGGAUCAGGAGAUAAACCGAAAUCUGGCCCACCAAGUAAAUUGUCGAAAAGUCAGAAGAGUGACUCACCUGAGGAUGCUAUGGAAGAUGCUAGGAAACUAGCAGCUAAACAAAAAGCUGCAGCUGAACAAGCUGCUCUAGAAGCGGCCGAAAGGGAUGCGAAGUUGAAAGAGAAGGAAGCAAAAGCGAAACUGGCCGAAGAGAGGCAUCGUCAGAAUGUCGAGGCUUUGGCGAACUUACAGAAAGCACUUGACCUUCUCGCUACUGAUAGUAAAGCCACCAAGACAGCCAAUGACGAGAAGGCUAAAUCCCAAGAGAAGAGAAGAACGGAUAAAACAGCUAGAGAUAAGAAGAUCACCGAAGCUUUGGAUAAGUUGGUGCUUGAUAGGGAAGAAGCUAAGAAGAAAGAAGUUGUUAAUGAGAAGAAGCCUGGUACACAAGCUAUAUUGGAUGCCUUGGCCAAGAAGGGAGAGUCCGAAUCCGCUUUCUUACGAAAGCUUGCCCUCGAGAUCAUGGAACAGAAUUCUAACCAGCACACCCAAACUCAACAAGCUGCUAAAGCAGCUGCCAGGGAGCAAAUUGGUUUCAAUUUGGCUGGGUACUUGGAUGACUUCUCAAAAGCACUUUCUGGUGAAGUGCGAGUGCUUCUCAAAGAGGUCGGAGAUCUACGAGAAUCAAGAAGAGCAUUGUACAUGGAGUUGGCUGAAUUAUUGCUCAUGAAGGGUAGACAAUCCGCAGGUGAUUUGAUGGCUGUCAUACCAUACCCUGCUGGAGCACCCAAGAACCCUGCUAACCAACCUAAGAAGGAAGAGAAGAAGGAUGGCGGCGGUAACCAGAAUCAACAAGGUCAAGGAAAAGGUAAACCACCUGCUGGUGUACCUGCCUGGGCAGCUUGGCACCCUAUGAUGCCACCAGUCAUGGGCAGACCGUUACCUCAACCUGGUGGUCCACCACCUCCUAUGACAAUGAACAUGAGCGGAGGUAUGGUGCCUCCCCCUCCUCCAUCUGGUAAACCACUUCCUCAACCAUAA